AGAAAGAGAGGUAUAGAGAGAGAGAGGGAGUGAGAGGGAGUGAGAGAGCACCUCUGCCGCUCUCCCAGCCUCCUCUCCUGUGCGCAGUGCUCCGGCCCCGGCCGCUCCUCUCCUCUCCUCUCCUCUCCUCUCCUCUCCUCCUCACUUCCUCCCCACAGCUGGCUGGCUGUCUCCUCCUCCUCUCUCUCCGAUGCUGGGCUCGCCGUCUCCCCUCCGCACACCGGACCAGACACUUCGCAGGGCGGAAUGACUGACUACCUGUUUCGCAUGGUCUGAAUUUCGGGGAAUUUCGCACGUCGGAACUGCGGGGAGUCCAGAGGGAAGGAAACGGAGGCUCUCCACCCCCCACCCCCCGAGGGAAUUUAUUUUACAGAGGCACUGCCAGCGCUGCCGCCAUGUUGAGCCCCGUCCUCAACGCCUCCAACGGAGACGGCUCAGAGUCUGAAACCACCUCCGCCAUCCUCGCCUCCGUCAAGGAACAGGAGUUGCAGUUUGAACGUCUGACCAGGGAGCUGGAGGCCGAACGACAGAUUGUUGCCAGUCAGCUGGAGAGAUGCAAGCUUGGCUCGGAGACUGGAAGCAUGACUAGCAUCAGCUCGGCAGAUGAAAAAUUUCGCUGGAACAACCAAGAUGGACAGAAGGACAUAGAGGAGGAGCUGACCACAGGCCUGGAGCUGGUGGACUCUUGCAUCCGAUCGCUCCAGGAGUCGGGCAUCUUGGACUCACAGGACUCGACGGGAGACAGACAAGGGCUCCUUUCCCAAAGCGCUUUACAGCUCAACAAUCAGGAUGCCUAUGCAGCAGCUGGUUACCAUAGUAACCAAGGCCUGGCACUUGGGGAAACAGUCACGGGCCGCAGCGGGCAUGUUGGUGGGGCGGUUCACAGCUAUAACCAGGUGACAUCCAGCCGCGCCGCUGCCCAGUUUGCGGCGACAGACUCUCCCGCUCAGUCCCAGAGAGACUCAUUUGCCCAGCAGGCUCUUGGCAGCGCCUUCCAUAUGCCCACCGAGGGAGGACCUGCACCUGCCGGACCGUCCAUGUAUUACUCCUGUGCCACUUUACCUGCGCAGCGUGUCAGCUCCCCUCUGCAGGCGGUGGGAUCCCCUACCAAGCUGCAGCGCCUGGGAUCGGCCUCCUCGGACAUGCCCAGCUACGCCACGCUGCAGAGGGUGUCCUCGCCCAAACAGUCGCCCAGCCGACUCGCCAAGUCCUACAGCACCUCAUCGCCCAUCAACAUGGUAGCAUCGGGCGCCGCGGGCUCCUCCUCACCGCUCCCCAUGGCCGCCUCCCCCGGGGGGAACCACACCUCGUCGCCGCUCCACCAGCUCAGCUCGGUAGUGGGAAGCUACGCCACGCUGUCGCCCACCAAGCGCAUGCUGCAUCACAUGGGCGCGGACGGCUACAAGAUUUCCCACGAGCUCUACGCCAACGCAACCCUGCAAAGGCCUGGUAGCCUGGCGGGUAGAGGCUCCAGAGUUUCCUACAGCAGCCAGCACAGUCACCUGGGCUCUGAGCUUCGGCCUCUGCAAUCCCCCGAACACCACAUUGACCCGAUCUACGAAGACAGGGUCUACACCAAACCCGGCCUUAGAGGACAAGUGGUGAACCAGUUGUACCAAGAAGUCCUCAACUAUCUGCUCUGUCCCUACGCUCCUCUUCCUGCUUUAGCCCCGCCCUCUCCCGGUGUCGACCCAAUCCCCUUGCAGCGAACGGGAAGCCAGAGCGCCACCGCCACCUUUCAGAGAGGCAGCUUCGCCACAGGAGGCGGGGCGGCUGACUACGCCAACCCGUAUCGCACUCUGCAGUUCUGCCCGUCCACGGAGUCGCCUUACAGCAAGUCGGGCCCGGCGCUACCCCCCGAGGCUGCCCUCGGCCGGUCUCCAUCUGUGGACAGCAUCCAGAAGGAUCCAAGGUACGACCCCGAUUUCCUUGUGUGGAAUCAAAAUCAAGCCGAGCAAAGAAUGACAAAGGAGUUUGGCUGGAGGGACCCCGAGCUGCCAGAGGUGAUCCAGAUGUUGCAGCAUCAGUUCCCGUCGGUCCAGUCCAACGCUGCCGCCUACCUCCAGCACCUGUGCUUUGGAGACAACAAGAUCAAAUCUGAGAUCCGGCGGCAGGGCGGCAUCCAGCUGCUGGUGGACCUGCUGGACCACCGGAUGACCGACGUCCACCGCAGCGCCUGCGGAGCGCUCCGAAACCUGGUGUACGGCAAGGCCAACGACGACAACAAGAUUGCCCUGAAGAACUGCGGAGGCAUACCUGCUCUGGUCCGACUGCUGCGGAAGACCACAGAUGUGGAGAUCCGAGAGCUGCUCACAGGCGUCUUGUGGAACCUGUCGUCGUGCGACGCCCUCAAGAUGCCCAUCAUCCAGGACGCCCUGGCCGUGCUGACCAACGCUGUGAUCAUCCCCCACUCAGGCUGGGACACCUCCCCGCAUACACAGGAGGACCGCAAGCUGCAUCUACACUCGUCCCAGGUCCUCCGCAACGCCACGGGCUGUCUCCGGAAUGUGAGUUCGGCAGGCGAGGAGGCCCGCAGGAGGAUGAGGGAGUGUGAGGGGCUGACGGACGCGCUGCUCUAUGUCAUCCAGACCGCCCUGGGGAGCAGUGAGAUCGACAGCAAGACGGUAGAGAACUGUGUGUGCAUCCUGAGGAACUUGUCGUACCGCCUGGCUGCAGAGACAUCCCACAGCCAGCAGGGGGGGUCGGAGGAGCUGGACGGUCUGCUAUGUGACACGGGCGGGAAGGACGCCGAGAGCUCCGGAUGCUGGGGCAAGAAGAAGAAGAAAAAGAAGGGACACGACCAGUGGGAUGGUGUCGGCCCGUUUCCAGACUUGGCGGAGCCCCCGAAAGGCAUCCAGAUGUUAUGGCACCCCACCAUUGUCAAGCCCUACCUCACACUGCUGUCUGAGUGCUCCAACCCAGACACCCUGGAGGGCGCGGCCGGGGCCCUGCAGAACCUAGCUGCUGGCAGCUGGAAGUGGUCGGUGUAUAUCCGGGCUGCAGUGCGAAAGGAGAAGGGCCUCCCCAUCCUGGUGGAGUUGCUGAGGAUAGACAACGACCGCGUGGUGUGCGCCGUGGCCACCGCGCUGAGAAACAUGGCCCUGGACGUCAGGAACAAAGAGCUCAUUGGUAAAUAUGCCAUGAGGGACCUGGUGCACCGUUUGCCUGGGGGUAGCAACAACAACAACAGCACCAGCGGCGUAGGCGGGGUCUCCAACAACAGCGGCCUGGGGGGGAAGACCAUGUCGGACGACACCAUCACGGCUAUCUGCUGCGCGCUGCACGAGGUCAUCACCAAGAACAUGGAGAACACCAAGGCUCUGAGGGACGCCGGCGGCAUCGAGAAGCUCAUCGGCAUCGCCCGCACCAAAGGAGACAAAAUUCCUAGACAUAGUCCCAAAGUGGUGAAAGCAGCAUCUCAAGUCCUGAACAGCAUGUGGCAGUACAGAGACCUCCGCAGCCUCUACAAAAAGGAUGGCUACUCUCAGUACCAUUUCGUCGGCUCUUCCUCCACAAUAGAGAGGGACAGACAGCGACCUUACUCUUCCUCUCGCACUCCGUCCAUCUCUCCCGUACGGACCUCACCAAACAAUCGAUCAGCAAGUGCACCCGCUUCCCCCAGGGAGAUGAUGGCACUGAAGGAGAGGAAGGCCGACUACGAGUCGACUGGCAAUGCCAGUUACCAUGGCAACAAGGGCGAGCACACAUCCCGGAAGGACGCCAUGACAAGUCAAAUCUCCGGUGGGUCUUCAACACUGCACAGAGGAGCGUACGUGUCACCCACUGAUGACCUGAAAUAUAAUCAGGUCUCUUGUCAAGGCUUGCCGUCCGAGCCCUACCCUCCUUUCCAGAACCCUCCCCCGCCCGACGGCGGCAGCUACGAGGACCAGGCCUUUUACGAGAACCAGGUUCACGUGGGAGGGCGCCCCCCGCAGGGCGAGCUCAACAUGCACCUGCAGGGCCUCAAGUCCACCGGCAACUAUGUCGACUUCUACUCAGCCUCGCGGCCCUACAGUGAGCUCAACUAUGAGACCAGCCACUAUCCAGCCUCACCGGACUCCUGGGUCUAAGGGGGAGAUGGGGGUGUUGGUGGGGGAGGGGGAGAGAAUGGAUGAGGGACGAUGAAUGGAUAGUUUUUGAAUAGGUGGAGGAGAGAAGACAGUCCCUUCCUCCCCAUCCUCCCCUGUAGCUCCUGAGUAGCAUCAUACAGUAGGCAGCGGGACGACAGAAGGGGAGGAUGGAGCACAAGAAAGGAGUAUUGAGGAGAAAAUAUAGGACAUUACACUCUUUUCAGAUGGAGGAGGGGGAGAGGGGGGCAAAGAAGGGCCGGAGGCAAACGGAGGAGCGGCCAUGCAUGUGCAUGCACACCACCAACACAGACCGACAGACACAUUCUCUCGUCGUGUUUUGUUUGUGAUCAACAACGGCUCGAGAAGUUCGGGGCGGACAGAAAGACCCGAUGCACCCGAGGGCCUCUGGAUGCAGAAUGUCAAAGAGAGACGGACGCGAGGAAAGAUGAAAAUGAGGGAAAAGCAUGACGGAAAAGGCGGGAAAUACUGUACAUUGGGACGAAGAAGGGCAACGAAAGAGAGAAACUGAUCAGUGGACUCAGGGACGGAAGGUUGUGGACCGCGAGUGGCACGUGAGAGAGACACCCGGGAGAACCUGUAAAUAUGUGGUAUAGCAAACGUGGCUUUUAGUAAUGUGAAGCACAAGAGGCAGAGCUGUAGGACAUGUAGAUCGUCUGUCACACGAACUUUUGUUUCUUCUCUGGCUUCAGCGUGAUGUUUCCUCCCUCCGGGCAAAGAACUCUUCUGGACUUUGUCAUUUGUAACGAUCUUUUCUUUUUCUUUUUGUUGUGUUUCUACUUUUUUAAUUCUUGAUUCCGGUUGUAUAGUACUCGGAUGUACAUUGUACAUUUACGGAGACGCAUAGUGUACUGUACAUUGCACUAUUUUCUGUGUCAUGUCAGGGCAUUUUUCACCGCCAGGUCAACCUCACUCCCUCUCCCCCAAAACACACACACACACACACACACACACACACACACGGUGUCUGCACUCAGACGGUCUGAAAUCAUAUCACAGCUACAGACGGAUGUCAACACGUCGCUGACACGGAAGCGCUGAGUAUGAAUUGGGUAUCGAAGCAUCAAUUCUGGCAGGUCACGGUGCUCCUUUUACUGCCCUGCAGAUAGUUUUUCACAGAAUAACACAGCUGCCAAAAUAGCUGCAGAGAGCCGCGAACAGCUGAGAAGCCUUUUCCUUGACAAAACUCUCAUUUUUUUGGAGGCCGGCUUGUUUUUUUUUGGCAGCUUUCUUUCCACAUUAAGGCCACACAUCCCCUCUUUUUUUGUUCCCAUGGGCCAUUCCUCCAAGUGAACUGCGCUCCUUGUGUAUAUAACCGUGCCAAACAAGGGUUAUUUCCCCUCAGCUGAAGAAGGCCGGGGGGGGGGGGGGGGGGGGGUUAAGGGGUGCGUUUAAGGGUCCAAGUUCUGCUGAAGCUUUCAGCCGAACAUCCUCAUGGUUCUAACAAUGCCAGUUUGUAAAUGCUUUGUUUUUUCUAAACUGUGUUUUACUGGGAUGAAAACUGUCCAGCGGCACCGGGACCGGGGAGAAAAAUUCAAAAUGAAAAACUUAAAAUAAAAAGAAAAGAGACAAAAGAUACCCACAGAGGGACUGUGACCAGGCGGGAGCCUCGCUUCCUCCAAAGUUGUACAAAAUUAGUUGAUUUCUGUGUUGUAAAAUAAUCAAUGUUUGAAGUACAAAAAAAAACUAAAGAAAAACUUUUCUGAGAGAUGGGUGGCAAUUCUAACUUCAUGGUAGACAAAACUGUUAAUAGAGUCUGGAUAUAUAUUAUAUAAAUAUAAAUAUAUACUUUUUAUGUGCAGAUGUGGAUGUCACUUAUAGCAGCAACAUUAUGUUAAAAAAAAAAAAAGAAGAACAAAAAAAAAGAGUACAGCAACAUGUAGGGAAUUUCGUUCACAUUUAAUUUCCUGGUCAACACACUAAACUGUCGACUCGUGUAGUAAUGUUGUUGCUGUGUGGAGUAGAGUAGACCAGGGCCCAGGGAUCCACGUUGUCACGGAAGCAGUCCGAGAAAAAAGGUGCUACGUCUGUGAGAGAGAGCCUGCGACGUGCCGGCGCACGUUGUGAAAUUCAGAGCUGUUGAUUAUGAGUUAUUAACUUUUUUCUACAUGUCACAGGUGACCGGUUCGGACCACAUGACAACCGAACGGUCACAAGCGUGUUUCCUCCCAAAGGUGUGUUUCCCGUGCAUGAAACUCCCAAUUGGUAUCAUUAUGCUUUAAAAGAAAAAAAAGAAAGACAAAAAAACCCCCCGCAUUCCAUGGACGCAUGAGUGUUUGUCGACAGUAGAUCUGAAACUUCACGGUGACUUUGCUUUUCCUGUUUUUGUGUGUGCGUGUGAGAAAAGGCGAAAUUGUAAUACGUGACAACAGUCCCUGGUUCUCCCUACCCACUGCUGUUGUAGAAGACCUAGAGGUCUGACGCUUGACAAAAUGAUUCAUGAUGCAACGUGUCCCCACUGAAACACUGGAUGAGAAAGCAGACGUACUGUGAUUUGUUAGUGAGCAUCUUGGGGGGGGGAACUGACGACGUUUUGUAUGUCCUUGUGAUCCUUAGGCAGAACAACUGUAAGAAGAUAUGACAUCGGUAACCUUCUUUUUUUCUCUUUUGUUGCUAGGCCAAACGUGUUUCAAAAAGAGAAUUGUGAAUCUUUCUAUUGCCUCAAACAGAUUGCAACUGCUCCAAAAAAAUAUAAACGGACCAUCAAAGAA